AUGCCUCCUAGUAGCUAUCCAGGUGACAGCGAUACAGAUAUACAGCGCCCUCUUAUCGAGAAACUAGGUGUUUUCCUCGUCAAGUUUGGUAACCAUUACAAUUAUUGGAUGUUGGAUACGGAAACCAACACCUUUGACCUCACCCGUGGAGGCUCAAAGGAUGCUAUCACCUUCCCCACUUCAGCAAGGGGGAAUUCGAGUAUCACAAUUGCACCGGAGAGGAGUGCUCUCGUCAUCAUUGACAUGCAGAAGAUGAACCCCCGUGCUGAGCUUGGUCGUGCAGCUGUCGGUCCGACACUGGACAUGAUCGACGCGUUCCGCUCCAACGGGAUGAAGAUCGCCUGGGUGCAAUGGGGUAUCACCGAGUACGACCUGAAGCAUCUCGUCUCCCCUGCUCUCAUCUACCGGUUUUCGGGCAACAAGAAGGCAGAAGGUACAAGCCUGUGUUCGGAGAUGGGGUUUGUCCAAAAUGGAACAAUCGAUGCUGGGAAGAAGCUCUGCAGGGGGUCAUGGAACGCGCAGGCGUACGGGCCUUUGUAUGACAGCUAUCUGAAAGGGAAGGAGAUGGGAACCGAUUUCUACUUUGACAAGAACAGUUUGUCGGGACUUUCAGGUGCUAUGACUCCUUUAGAGAUGUGGCUACGGGACAGUGGUAUCACGACCCUCUUCUUUGGUGGAGUCAACACAGAUCAGUGCGUUUGGGGAACAAUGAAGGACUCUUCAUUCAAGGGCUACGACACGAUCAUGGUCACUGAUAUUUGCGCGACAACAUCGCCAGAGUUUGCGACGCAGAUGGUUUUGCACAACAUGCACGGACGGGGGUGGAUAACCAACACGGGAAUGAUCUUGCCCGUCCUAUGGCAGGUCAAGACGUUGUAA